GAAGAACGAGCGAGAGAGCGCUUCCGCUACCGGUAUAUACUCGAUCACCUGGCAUCAGUUCGAAGGACACCUUCUGUGUUCGUUUGUGUUCCGAAGAGAGUGGACAUUAACGAUUUCUAGAGAAGAGGAGAAAUAUAUCCAUUACAAGUGCUAUGUUGAAAUUUCUUAAUCGCGAUGAGAAAAACGCACCGUUUUUGUUGUCUACGGUAAUAAUAAGUAAAUUGAUUGAAACGCUUUAAAUUGACUGAAUAUUGGAGUGACCAAGUUUGAGUUAGAAAUUUAUUAUAGUGCGACUGUGUGAAUAGAUUCCGGUGAACCGGAUUAACUAAUUAAGAAGGAUGAAGGGAUGGUUCGACGCCUUUCGCAGCGAUGGUGGCCCGACUCUUUACAGCUACAGCAAUCGCACUCCCGUGACAGGUGACGUGCCCCUGGUCAUCAUAUUCGUGAUAUUCGGUACCUUGUUCACGGCAUUUCUAGUCAUAUUCCCGGGUAUCAGGAAAGAGCGGUUAACCACAUUUCUCACGGUUACCAUGAGCCUCUUCGUGGGUGCGACGAUUCAAGUGGCGCAAUACGGUUCAUCCUGGCAUACGAGCACCGCCACCAUUGUUAGCUCUUACAGCGCUUUCUCCAGGCACAAGGCGAUGGCCGAUAUCGGCGGUUACAUCGGCUUAAUGCACAUCAAUAUAACGUACAAGCUAUUGCCAGAAAAUGAGCAGACAAACAGCGAUGUCGAAUACAAUGAACGCUUUUGGUGGCGGAGUUCUGGCGAAAUGACUAGCGCUUUCAAACAAGCCCUUUAUCAGGGCGCACCAUUUCCUAUCGUUUCUCUGGCAGAAUAUUUUAGCCUCCAUCAAGAGGGUUUCUCCUGGGGCUCGCAAUAUCGCGAAGCUGGAUAUUACGCUUCGAUAAUGCUAUGGACCUCCUUCGCUUCGUGGCUGAUGAUGAACUUAUUGCUCAUGGUAGUGCCCCGAUACGGAGCAUACAGCAUGAUCCUCACAGGACUGUGUAUGCUGUUAACGAACUUGAUUUACACGUCUCUUCUACCAUGUGAGCCUCUAAUAGCUCAUAUAGACGGCUCGAUUCUCUCUUUCAAUUUCGGUUGGAAUUACUGGUUGGUGCUAUCGGCCGGUGCCGCAUGCCUCUUGGCAGGAAUCGUGAUAACGGCUAUAGAUAUGAUUUUCCCUCAUCAAUUCUCGACUAUACUCGAAGUCGAUUACGACACGCCGUAUGACAGGCAUGUCAUUAUAGAAGAGAGCUUUGACACACGCAAUGUCAGGCGGAAAGUUCCCAAGAUCGAAGAUUCGUUCGGCGAUCGAAUAAUGAGUCAACUAUCGUCCAAGCUUCAGAAUAGACACGCUGCUAAAGAAGACACCGAGGGUGUCAUUAAUCGAGGAUAUACGUCGCACGAACCGUCUGAAUUCGCGCAAGAAAUUGGCGAUGAGCCUAACAAGAGUAAUUGGUCCUAUCCAUUUCCGCCAGCCUCGCGAAGACCCGUAAAUGGCUGAUAUAUUUCAGACAACAUUAAUUGAAAUUUGUGAAAUGCCAUUAAAUAUUUCAAUCUAUUUUAUAUA